GGUCAUAAACAAAAGUAUCCUCCUCUGAACAAAAACCCGUAAAAUUAUAAACGCCUCCUCGAUUCUCCUCUCUCUCUCUCUCUCUCUCUCCCUCUCCGCGCCAAGCUAGGGUUUGUUACUGCCUCUUCGACCUUCUCCUUCCAAAAGGCUAGGCAAGGAUGGUGAGAGUGAGCGUUCUGAAUGAUGCUCUCAAGAGCAUGUACAAUGCUGAGAAGCGCGGGAAGAGGCAGGUCAUGAUUAGGCCUUCCUCAAAAGUGAUCAUCAAGUUCCUCCUCGUCAUGCAGAAGCACGGAUAUAUUGGCGAGUUUGAAUACGUUGAUGAUCACAGAGCUGGUAAAAUCGUGGUCGAGUUGAAUGGGAGGCUGAACAAAUGCGGUGUUAUUAGUCCUCGAUUUGAUAUUGGUGUCAAAGAAAUCGAACCAUGGACCGCAAGGCUCCUUCCUUCCCGUCAGUUUGGUUACAUUGUCCUGACGACCUCGGCAGGGAUUAUGGACCACGAAGAGGCUCGGAGGAAGAACGUAGGCGGCAAAGUACUCGGCUUUUUCUACUAAAUGGGUCUUUUUCUUUAAUCGAGCGAUAGAUGGUGUUGAUGAUGAUGCUUAGUUAACUAUUAUUGUUUUGUCAGUGAGGACAUCGCAAUGAAUUUUGAAACUUAAAUAGCUUUUCUCUUAUGCGCUCCGUUUUCUUGUAUUUCGCUUAUUAUUUCGAAAGGAUUGUUUGAAUGAAGUAGGAGCAAGUUUGAUUUUUUUUUGUUUUCCAAACAUAUUUUGGUGAUUUCGUCAAUGUUUCAGGAAAUUGUGGGUUCGAUUGAACGCAGCAUGUGCUCCCAUUUUAUUUA